AUGGUGCCCCUGCUGCUGCUGCCCCUGCUUUGGGAGGGGUCCCUCCAGCAGCAACGAGGCUAUGAGUAUGAGCUCCGAGUGCAGGAUUCAGUGACAGUGCAUGAGGGUCUGUGUGUCCAUGUGCCCUGCUCCUUCUUUUACCCUUGGAGUUCAUGGUAUUCCCCUAGAAACCUCUACACCUACUGGUACCAGGACAGGGACAACACAGACUGUGAUUCUCCUGUGGCCUCGAGCAACCCACGUAAACCGGUUAAGAGUGAGACAGAAAACCGUUUCAUCUUCGCGGACCCCAAGACCCAGGACUGUUCCCUUUACAUCAGAGAUGCCAGGAGGAGUGACACAGGACGCUACUUCUUCCAAGUGGAGAUAGGAAAUUCUGUGAAACAUAGUUACCGAGAGAAGAAGCUGAAUUUGCAGGUGACAGCCCUGACAGACAAACCCCACAUCCAGAUUCUGGAGCCUCUGGAGUCCGGCCGCCGCACACAGCUGGCCUGCAGCCUGCCAGGGGCCUGCGAAGGGGGACGACCUCUCACCUUCUCCUGGGCGGGAGCCGCUGUGGACUUGCUGGACCCCCAGACUCGCCGCUUCUCAGUGCUCACCUUCACCCCCAGGCCCCAGGACCAUGGCACCAACCUCACCUGUCAGGUGAAACGGGAAUGGCCUCACUUGACCUCACAGAGAACCAUCCGGCUCAAUGUCUCCUAUGCCCCAGGGAACCUCACCAUAGGCAUCUCCUACAGAAACCACCCAGCCUUCAAGAAUCUACAAACCACACUCCUAACCAUCCUGGAGGGAGAGGCCCUGAGGCUGCUCUGUGUGGCUAACAGCAACCCCCCUGCCGAGCUGAGCUGGUUCCGGGGGUCCCCAGGCCUGAACGCCACCCCCAUCUCCAGCACCGCGAUCCUGGAGCUGCCUCGCGUGGGGCCUGCACAGGAAGGAGAGUUCACCUGCCAAGCUCGGCACCCGCUGGGCUCCCACAGUGUCUCUCUCAGCCUCUCCGUGGUCUACCCCCCGCAGCUGCUGGGACCCUCCUGCUCCUGGGAGGACCAGGAUCUGCACUGCAGCUGCUCCUCCAUGGCCCAGCCGGCCCCCUCCCUGCGCUGGCGGCUGGGGGCGGGGCUGCUGGAGGGGAAUCAGAGCAACGCCUCCCACGUGGUCACCUCCAUCUCAGAGGGGCCCUGGACCAACAGCUCCCUGAGCCUCCGCCCUGUGCUCAAUGAGGGACUCAAACUCAGCUGUGAGGCCUGGAAUGUGCAUGGGACCCAGAGCGCCUCUGUCCUGCUUCUGCCAGGUCGGGGCCUGCUGGGGGCAGAGGCCAAGGAGAAAGGAGGAAGGCGGUGCCCCAGGGCAGGAGUGGUUCCUGCAGCUCUCGGAGGUGCUGGAGCCCUGGCCCUGCUGUCCCUGUGCUUGUGUCUCCUCUCCUUUUGCAGAGUGAAAGCCUGCAGGAGGCAAGCAGCUGGGAGACCAAAGGUCAGGAAUGAUGAAGAUCCUGUGAUGGGCACAGUCACCUGGGGUUCCCAGGAAAAGCUAGGGCCAGACAGGCCUCCAGAACAAGCGCCCCCCUCCAAGGAUGGCCCUCCCUCCGGGGAGCAACAAGAGCUCUACUACGCCAACCUCAGCUUUUAUGAGAUGAAGACACAGGAGCCUCAGAACCCGGAGGCCACCGGCAGCCCUGAGUACUCAGAGAUCAAGCGUGCAGGCAAAUGAGGACUCGCUCAGAGCAGUUUAAUUGACUUUUCAGGAGCAACCAUGGAAAGCAGAAGAAAGCAGAUACGAUCUUUAAAUGU